AUGCCCGAGCUGGACGCCUGCAUGCACGCCGGCGGCCUCUGCUUCGGCCUCGCCAACCCCAUCGCCAACAUCAUCCUAAACGCCGUCGGCCUGCUGCACCACCUCCACGACCAGGAAGAAGGGUUCCCGCCGCUGCCCACGCAGAGGCCGUUCGGGACACGGGGGUGCGCGGACAUCGCCACCCGAUCCCUCCUCGGCCUCCGCGGCUUCAUGGCCGUCUACUUCCGCUACCUCGGCCACACCGACGGCUGCCGCUACCUCUACCUAGCCUCCCAGGACCUCCGCCUCGCCAUCGCUCUCGUCCACCACGACCGCUUCUCCCCCCACUCCCAGUCCCAGCAGCGGCCUCUGCUCCCCGACGGUGGGAACCUCAGGGCCGCCCUCAGGGUCGCCGCGCUCGAUGCGAAUCACCCCUUUCCGGACGUCCUGGCGCGGUUCAUGACGGCGCAGUACCCCUUCCGCCCUGCUCUAUCCUGUCCUGGCCAAGCUGCAGGCGGCGGAGCAGCAGCUCACCACCCACCACGACAUCUCUGA